AUGGAGUGCGCACCAGCAACCCAGCAAUCGUACCUCCAUCGCAUGGCCCCAGAACUGAUUCGCGCAAUACUAUGCAGCGUAGAAGGCCUUGAUGGGCUACGCUGCGCUAUCUUGACUUGUCGUUUGUUCUAUGAUGUAUUCUCUAGGACACCGUCCGCCAUUGUACAUCAGGUCUUUUUCAACGAGCUGGAUACGAACCAUGUGCGCCGUGAAGCAAUCGCUGCGCUCUACGCCUCAAAAUUAGCCCUAUCCAACCCGACGAUUUCAUUGAUUCAGGCCUUCUUCCAAGACCAUUUGGAGCAGAGGAAUGAGUUCGACACCCAGCUAACAAUCGAAGAGGCGGCUGGGGCCUCGAGACUGCACGCUGUGGUGUCCAGCUUAGCCGAGGAGUUCUCCAAAACAACAUUGCUAAAACUUGCUGCAGCCUGUAGGCAUGAUUCUCAUACUUUAGAACUUCUAACGUCUGAGAAGGCACGGAUAAUGCGUGCGCUGUACAUGGCCGAGAUCUUCUUCAACCUCUUCCGCACUACCUCCAGCAACAUACCGGAGGCCGCACAACGCCAGUGCAUGAACGACUUCCUUGUCCAUUUCACUCCCUUGGAAGUUGAGCAGCUUGCUUGUGUCCAUGAUUUCCUCUUCCGCAAAGUUUCUCCAGUUUUCAAUGAUGUGGCAGCUCACGAUGUUCUUUGGGGAGAGUUUCAGGUAGAGCCUGCUCAAUGGCUUGGCUCACCUGAGCUGCAGCUCUUCCUCUUCAAGGGCUUAGUUGCCAUAAAGAGGGUAGCGGCAGCAAAGACGUAUGCGGAACAGCAAAAGCUCUUCAACAACAUCCCAGGUACCCGACGCCUCAAUCUUCAUAGAGCACUGAAAGAGGUCAACUACAAGGGGUCCACCACAGAAGACGCUUCGAUUCCCGGCCCCUCAGCGUCGGAGGACUAUAACCAAGGCCCGUUUGCAGCGUGGAAGUGGGCCCAAAAACUAGAGCCUCUGACGAACCGAGCGAUGCUACGGAGUUUGGGGUAUGCGAUGUGGGACCAGGAGCGUCUCGACAAGUUGGGUAUCUUGCAAGAGCAAGAAUGGCAGCCACAGUGCCUAGUCAGAGACUCUUUACCCAUCGAUAGCCCAGUUCGUGAGGUCACCGAUGAGAGAUGGCUGGCUUCAUGGAGAGAGAGGUCGCGUAUACACGAGCAAGGGGGCACAGGGUGGUGGGAUUUUGAUGAUGAGUCACAGGUUGUGUGGCCAGGACGGAAGAGGGGAUCAGUCGCCGACAACACGCCAACAUCGUUGGACGAGGCCAAAAGAGCGAUCCUUGCGUUGAAACGGAUUUGA